UCCUCCAUCUCUAUCACACAUUGAAAACACGGGAUGACAAACAACUCAAACGGACGCUUAAGCGAAUACUUCGCAAACGAUCCGCCCAGUUUCUUUGAUGAGCUGACAACUAGCAAACCUAAGGCCAAAGAGGGACAGCAGCAGCCGCCAGUCGACAAACCCAGCAGCAGCAGCAAUAUGUUGUCCACCACAUUUACGGGCACAUUCCAACCGCCCGAGUAUGUGGAAACAGCUGAAGCCGAGGAGCCCAUCAAAGUGAGCGACGACGUUAGAAAUCUGUGGCAGGUGCCAACACCAAAUGAAGCGGGCGGCCUUUCAACGCCCCUCGUAAUGCCAGGCAUACACAUAGCCAACGAUUUGCCCGAUCCCAUCAGUAUUGCAGUCACUCAACAGCUGGGUGAAGCAGAAUUGCAGCAGCGUCAAAUCCUGGGCGUGGAGAAUGUUACACAGGAUGAACGCGGCAUACGCACGCUCAUCAAUGCUGGCUGCUUUCGCGCUGCCGUCAAUCUGACUGGACGACUGUUGACCAUUUAUGGUCAGGGUUAUGGACGAGCUGGACAACCAGCGAAGCAUUCACCUCACUCCUUGCAACUAUGGUUCACACGUCUUGCAUUGCUGGCCAAGCUGGACGAGUAUGAUCUGUUGCAAGCAGAGGCGGAACCUUUUGGGCAACUAAAUGGACCAGAUGUGUUCUACGAGUUCUAUCCUGAGAUGUAUAAUGGCAAACAAGGCUCCAUUGCGUGCUUUUCCUUUCGUUUGCUGCUUGCAGAGCUACCUAUUUAUCUCGGAAAGCCGCAUUUGGCCUUGGAUCAGCUCUCCGAGUUGCAUGUGAUUAGCAAUGAGAUUAAACAGCAUUAUGAGGGAUUGAAGCAAGCAACUGCUGCGGAGUUUUGGCAGCGACGCGCCGAGCGAGUCUUGCAAUCGAUAAUCAACUGUGCUUUAAUGAUGAAGAAAUUCAGCAUGAUUGAUGAUAUAAUGGGCGGCAUGCUACUGUCGCGCUCUAGUCUAAGCAAAGAGGAGCAGCGCUCGUUGUAUUCGGCGUGGGGACGCAUCUAUCUGCAAAUUGGUGAUAUUUUUGGGGCAGAGCAAAAGUUUGCCGUCUCGCGACGAUUGCGCGAAAUUAAUUCCACUCCGGAUUUACGUGAUUUGGUGGACAAGGGCCUAAUUGCAGUGGCCAAAAAUGACUUUCCAGAGGCUUAUCUAAUAUUUCAAAAGGCGCUGCAUUUAGAUUCGGGCAAUACAAUGAUAUUGAACAAUAUGGGCGUUUGUUUGCUGUACGCUGGCAAACUGAAGGAUGCCAUCAACUUGUAUGAACGUGCAAUCAAUUUGAAUCCACAGAAAUCAUUGAAUGAGAGCUUACUGGUGAAUCUGUCUACUUUAUACGAGUUGGAAUCAAAUAAUUCAAAAGCGAAAAAACUGAAUUUGUUACGCUUGAUCAACAGAUUUAAGCCAGAUCUCACAAUUAGCGUUGAAAUUUGCCUUAAAUUGCAGGCAACAAAUUAGUUACAAAUAUAUAUGUAUAUGUAAAUACUACUGUUGGUAAACAAACAACAUUCCACAACCUCCAUCCAGAAUGAAUAAAAUUCAGUCAGCAUACAGAA